AUGUGGACUGGAAAUCAAAAGCCUGUCGCAUCGAUCACAGAACCAGAAGAAGGGGAAAGCGCGAUCAAGCGACAGGUGAACGAUCACAGAUGUCAUGGCUUCGAUGGCGUCCGUGCAUUCACACAGGAAACGACAAUGCACGGGAUACGUCAUACGAUGUGUAUCAAUUACAGCCCACACAGAAGAGCGUUAUGGACCGUUUUAUUUCUAAGUACGUGUGUUGGUUUCAUGUUUGCUAUGACGAGGAGCUUCACUCGUUUCAAGGCAUGUCCGGUUAACACAGUAAUGAACAGUACCCGCCUAGGCUCCGUUGCAUUUCCAGCAAUCACUCUGUGCAAUUACAACAGACACCGAGCUAGUGCCAUUAAUGGCACGUGGCUGGAGCUCAUGUUGAAAAGAACAAAAUAUGACAACGCUCAAGACAUUGAGUGGUCUUACAUCACGGCUAAGAAAGACAACUACAAAAACAGAACUGAACAGACAAGGAAAUGGGCGCAUCAGAUAGAUGAAAUGCUAGUUUAUUGUACAUGGGCAACAGACACGGCAUGUAGUGCCAGGAACUUUACUACUGUUAUGACAGAUUUCGGAGUAUGUUACACCUUCAAUCGGCACUUUAGCAAUAUUCUCAGAGUGAAACACCGAGGCAGUAGAUACGGACUGUACCUAGUAAUGAAUGCCCAACAACAUGAAUAUGUACCUCUGAAUAACAACAAUGGUGUCGGAUUCAAGGUGUUGAUACAUGCACAGCAUGAUACUCCUCGUGUAAGUCAGCUGGGUAUGUCUGUGUCACCCGGAAUGGAUGUCACGAUUGCGAUGAGAAUGAAAGAGUUAUGUGUUAUGAUUUCCCGAAUUAUUACAGGUGACAUUCGUGUAUGCAGUGUGCGUGAAUCAUUAACAUGUGUUCAACACGUUAUUAUUACAGGUGACAUUCGUGUAUGCAGUGUGCGUGAAUCAUUAACAUGUGUUCAACACGUUAUUAUUACAGGUGACAUUCGUGUAUGCAGUGUGCGUGAAUCAUUAACAUGUGUUCAACACGUUAUUGCGACCGGUGAUUUCUCAUGUGAAGCACCAUGUCAAGAGAUCUCCUUUGAAUCAAAGCUAAGUUUCGCGUCCUAUCCGGCGAUGUUCGUUUCAAAAAGGAUGAAAACCAAAAACAAUUUGGGAUUUGAUUUCUUAAGAGAAAACUAUGUUGCACUUACUAUAUACAUGGAAGACAUGGUUGUACAUUCAACUACUGAAGAAGAGGCAUAUCCCUAUGACGAUUUCAUUGGUGAUGUGGGUGGACAACUCGGUAUAUUUAUUGGAGCAAGUAUUAUGACUUUAUGUGAACUCUUUAAUUUCAUUGCAAAGUGUCUAUGGCAUAGAUGUUACAAAUACUGUCAGAGAAAGGAUGUUGUUUCGCUACAAUAA